AUGUCACUAGUGGUGCGCCUCCGUCUGACACCAAGGCCCAUCGCACAUCUCUCCCAAAGGCCCUUCUCCCGCCCACUGCUAACCGCCAAGCCACAUAGCAGACACGUCGGACAUCUCUCUCUCAAGCCCAUCAACGACGACGACGAACAGCACACCACACACGAGCGCCACCGACCCGAGCAUGCGGUCAUCUCCACCUUUGACCUGUUCAGCAUCGGAGUUGGGCCCUCCUCCUCCCACACCGUCGGACCUAUGCGUGCAGCCAAGAUCUUCAUCACGGAUUUGAAGGAACUCGAUCUCCUCGACAAGGUCCACACCGUCAAGAUAAAUCUUUAUGGCUCACUCGCUGCCACUGGCAAAGGUCAUCAUACACCCCAAGCGAUUCUCCUGGGGCUCGAAGGUUCGGAUCCAGAGACCAUCGACACCGGAACUAUUCCGUCCCGCUACGAUGGCAUCCUCGAGAGUAAGCACCUCAUGUUAGGCGGCCAUCAUCGCAUCUCCUAUGACAUGGACCGCGAUAUGCUCUGGCGCUGGGAUCAAGUCCUCAAGACCCAUCCUAACGGAAUGCGUUUCAGUUGUUUUGACAAAGAGGGUGAUUUAUUGGCGACUAACGAAUAUUUCAGCGUCGGCGGGGGUUUCGUAGUUAAUGAGAAGACAAAAGUCGACGAGAACUUGUUCUACAAAGGAGUCGACAAGACCAAAGUUCAUGGCGCAAGGCUGCACCAAAUACACUCCUUGUCGGAUCCAGUAGACCAGCAUGUGUUACAUGGAGAAACCUCUGGAGAAGGUGCAUCCGCCGCUGAGCCCGAAUACAACGAACCUCCCUACCCGUUUGACACUGGCAACACCCUCUUGGCUCUCACCAAGAAGCACAACAUGACGAUAGCUCAAAUUGUCCACGAUAACGAAAAAUCCUUUGGCUACACAGACGAAGAUAUCCAUGAAAAGCUCAUGCGCAUAUGGCAAGUCAUGGAUGAGUGCAUCCGCACGGGCGUCUCAACCUCUGAGCGGACAUUGCCAGGCCGUCUAGGCCUGAGGAGACGUGCGCCGAUGCUUUACAGGCGUCUGAUGCGCGGGUUCUACCCUGGUGUAGCCGCGCCUGACCGACAGGCGAUUGGAGCGGGGAAUUGGGCCUCGGAAGCGAUUGAGGGGCCAGAGGACGGCAACGGCAACGGCAACUUUGGUGGGAAUGGGAGUGGAAGUGAUGAAGGGAAGAAGAACGGCAAGGCGAGGGCAGUAACCUCGCCGACGUCUGCGAGAGCACCAAGGGUUACAGGCUCAUUCGACCACGCGAUCCUGCCUAUGCCACCCAGAAGGACGGUCAUACCAGCGAUGGACUUUCUCUCUUGCUACGCUAUUGCUGUCAACGAAGUUAACGCGUCUGGAGGGAGGAUAGUUACAUCGCCCACGAAUGGCGCGGCAGGUGUGAUACCUGCAGUGUUGAAGUAUAUCAUCGAGUUUGUCAGCGACGACCCAGAGAAGAGUAUACAGACAUUCCUUCUGACGGCCGCGGCUGUUGGUAUGCUAUUCAAGAGAGGAAGCACGAUCUCCGCUGCUGAAGGAGGGUGUCAGGCAGAGGUUGGAGUCGCAUGCUCAAUGGCUAGUGCUGGGUUUGCGGCCUGCAUGGGGGCAUCGCCGGAGACUGUUCUUCAGGCGGCUGAGAUUGGCAUUGAGCACAAUCUUGGGUUGACUUGCGACCCAAUCGACGGGCUUGUGCAGGUUCCUUGCAUUGAACGUAACAGCCUUGGAGCUGUGAAGGCGGUGACAGCAGCUCAGCUGUCUAUGGCGAGCGAUGGGGUGUACAGCGUCACGCUAGACGAGGCGAUAGAGGCUAUGCGCCUGACUGCCGCUGACAUGAGUGUGAAGUAUAAGGAGACGAGUCUUUCUGGCUUGGCUACAACUGUGAAGAUUCCUUUGACCGUACCUGCUUGUUAA